UUAAUAUCUUUAUGCAUUCUCGAGUAGUGCGAAAGUUGCCAUAGCAAUUACCUCCUCUGGCGUUCUGCUAAACAAGAGAGAUGACAGUGACUGACAACAUUGCAAAGAAUUCAGGAGAAACUAGUGGAGGUGGUGUGAAUGGGAUCAUUAACCUUCCUAGCACACACACACCAAGAGGAUGCAACAUCAUGAGACCAGAUAUUGUCAGAAUAACUGAACUCUCAACGCCACGGGGAACAAAAAAAGAUUGGUGGACAACAUACGGGCCACCUCUUGUUUGGGGUAACCAAGAAACAAUAUGGCAACUAAAUCCAGCAACACUUACCUAUACACCUAGUAAUCGUCUCAGAGAACUUGCUUUACCUAAGGUGGACCACUGCAACAAGAACCAUUUCACGCCAGAGUUUCAGUACAGUUGUGGCAGAGGAUCACAAAUAUGGAAAGUGAAGAAGUCAGCAAUGAAAGCAGUACCAACAGAAAGGACGAUGCAGCUGGCAAAGCAUAAAAUGAACCCAUCAGGUUUUGAGCCUUUCUUUAUGCUCAAUUGUGGACGUUCGUCGCCAAUAUGGCGCCCAAGUAAAGCUGCACUGAGUGCAAAAUUAAGACCACGGACUGCACUACUGGCACAACCUAAAGAGCUCCAUAAAAACUAUCUACCUCCAAGACAAGUACAAACCAGGGUGUCCUCAGCAAUAAAGAGAUCAGAGUGCAAUGAAUACAUACAUAGAUUAGCUCAGCCGAAGGAAAGACCAGAUGGACCUUUCAGGGAUGCAGAAUGGCCUGUCAGUAAAGGUGCAUUACAAGCUGAACCAACUCAAAGGUUAAAUGAGCUUUCAAGGCCCAAGAGAUUAGCAGAAGGACACGAAGCAAGUAGAGACGGAUACUGGAGGGUCACCAAUGGUGCAAAAUCAGCAGUAGCUAGCUCAAGGAUUUCAGAGCUUGCUAAACCCAUUAUACGUGCAACUAUGGACCAUGUUCAAUUCAAUCCAGACGUUUUCCAAGUUAGUCCUGCUGCUAAGAAGUACAUUGCAUCUCCUCGCAUAGAAGAACUAGCCCAACCAAUACAAAGGCGUUAGGAAUUAUAGAUGACAAUUUUUUGAAAUAAAACAAUAAUAAUGAAUGUUAUACUACUUACUAACACCUACAUAUUAUGCAUGUACACUUCACCAACCAGAUAUCAUUUUAUUAAGUAAUUUUAACUGAGUUUUAUUAACAUA